GAAGAGAGCGACCAAGAUGAUUCAUUCAAAAAAAAAAGGAGUGUGUGUGUGAUAGAGUGUGUGUGUGUGUUUGGGUGUGCCUCUUAAAGCAGCAGGUAUCUUCAGCUCAGUCUCACUGAAACUGUCGAACCGUCCUCAUGGAUCCUCUGACGCUGCUACUGCUGAUCACCUUGAUCGGACGCUGCGCAGGGGCAGACAUCCUGCCUGACGGUCCCGUGGACGCGACCCUGGGCUCUGACGUGGUCCUGAAGACGCUGCUGACCAACCCAGAAUACGCCUUUAUGAUCUGGAGCUUCAGCGACGGCACGGACCAGGUAAACAUCGCCACGCAGGGACAGACGGCCCUCAAAGUCAACUCACGUUACGAAUCCAGGGUGUCCGUGAACGCAACCGACGGAUACCUGACCCUACGAAAACUGACGCGCGAGGACAACGGGGACUACAGUUUAACCGUGGUGUCCGCGGACGGAACCACCAGCACUGGCGAGAUCAAUUUAGAUAUUUUGCAACCGGUGUCUGACGUGCUCAUCAGUUCUGACGUCUCGGAGGCCGUGGAACACAACAGCACCGUGGUCCUCACUUGCACCGCCAAGGGCUCCUACCUGAAGUUCGCCUGGCUCAAUGGCAACCUGCCGCUGGUGGCCGACAACAAACGCAUCACCCUCAAAAAUGCGGACACGUCCAGUACCCUGACCGUCACUGGGAUCCUCAGGUCGGACCUGACCGGUCCAGUUUACUGCACUGCCACCAACAACCUGCAGAAGGAGAAGAGCGCCCCCUUCAAUCUCACAGUCCACUACGGUCCAGACGGAGUGACCAUCAGCCCCACGGACACGCCGCGGUACGUCAGAGCCAAGUCCAACUUCAACCUGUCGUGCUCCGCCCCCUCCAGCAGCCCUGCCGCCUCCUUCACCUGGUUCCACGGGGAGAAGCAGAUGGAGGCGACCGGUCCCGUCCUGACCCUGGAGGUCAUCCAGAAGCUGGGCUUAGGGAAGAAGGUGGAGGCGUUCAGCUGCAAGGCCGAGAACGCCAAGACGCGCCGCGUCAUCGCCUCCUCCGCCGUCUCCUUCGCUGUGAUGGACGCCAUCUCUGGCGUCAAACUCACAGGUCCAGGUUCCACCCUCGUCGCAGGGAACAGCUCCACCAACCUCAGCUGCAAGGCUACUGCAGGCACCGUUGCGACUACAACGUGGCUAAAGGAUGGUGCGCCUUUGUCUGCCAGCGGGGGGCGCCUGGUGUUCUCUGAGGACAAGAGCUCGCUGAAAAUUCAGCCGCUGCAGAAAGAGGACGGCGGCGAGUACAAGUGUCAGCUGACCAACCCCGUCAGCAGUGAACACGACUCCUUCAGGCUGGUGGUCAACUUUGGUCCUGAACCUGCGGCCGUGCAAGGAAAAGACGCCGUGGAGGUCAACGACCCCGUGACGCUCACGUGCUCGGCGCAGUCGGUGCCUCCGGCCAGCUACACCUGGAAAUUAAACGGCACGCUGACGGCGGUGAAAACGGCCGAGUACGUGAUAGAGAAGGCUUCGUUCAAGAACUCGGGGACGUACACGUGUGAGGCGCACAACGCCGUGACGGGACAGAACAGCACGUACAGUCACACCCUGGCGGUCAAAGAAGAAGGAGAUCUGGACGGUCUGUCAGACGGAGCCAUCGCUGGAAUCGUCAUCGCGAUCUUAGUGGCUCUGGCUGCUGCCAUCGGCCUCACCUUCUACUGCCGACAGAAAGUACCGGUGGAGUCUCCAUACUAGAGAGCCCUCUGCUGAAUGUGCACGGCCCACACCUUCAACAUUUCCCAUGAUGCAUCUGUGCAUCAGAGGGGGAAGGCAGUCAACUGGUGCCGUGUUCAUCACCCGGCCUGGAAACAACGCAGCUUUCCCAUCAUGCCUCUCUCUUUUCCUCUCUGUGUCCUCCACUCUGUCGUUCUCCUCCCUCACCCUGACAUUGCUGAACACACACACACACACACACACACACUCUGCGGGGGGAGGAGGGGGGAGUCAGAGAAGUCUCUCUCUGCGUGUUGAUACCUCACUGUUUCUGGUGCUCGUUGUUUUCUCACCUCUGCUCGUCUCCUUCACACAUGACUCCUUGACUCCUUGACUCCUUGACUUCCUGUCUUGUGCUGGUAACCAAAACUGCCGGACGUCCAAUCAGAGCACUUCCUGCUCUGAGGUCCCAGAAUUUGACUCCCACUGUCCUGUCCACUACCUUCUGUCCUGGUGUCCACGUCCUCUCUUGGCUUCUUGUCCCGAAGUCAACGACUUUGUACUGAUGUGUCCUUAAUGUCCUGAAAGACAUCAUUUCCUGAUGUUAUCGACUUCCUGUUCUGUUGUUACUGACUUCCUGUUCUGUUGUGACUGACUUCCUGUUCUGUUAUCAACUUCCUGUUCUGUUGUUACUGACUUCCUGUUCUGUUAUCGACUUCCUGUUCUGAUGUUGCUGACUUUAAAACGGUUCCAGUGACGUCAAGCUGUAAGAGAAUCAAUAUUGAUUAAUCCGUUUAUCAAUAACGAUGAUUUAGUUUUUAACACAUUUUCUGGCGUUUUAUUAAACCAAAGUUAACAGAAUAAAAGUGAUUUGUUCCUAAAAUAUUAGUACCUGGUACCGGUGCUGACACGUGGAUCCAUAACUUGAACAGUGAAUAUAUGAAAAUACUUUUACUACAGUCAGAGUACUCCCGUUUUGUAUUUCCUCGAUUAUUGGACAUGUUUUUCAUAAAGUGAGUGAUGACAUCAUCAUCACGGCUGUGUGACAUCAUCAGAUGUCUGACCCUGACGACAUUAAAUGUCUUUGGUUUAAAAAAGAAAAUGUGGGUCAGGACAGGACUUGAACGUGUCACGACCUGGAACCAGAGGUGAAGCGUUCACAGAUGUGGGCCACACCACGGGUUGGACCACGGGAGUGGAAGUCUCUGUUGAAGUUCCCGUCCUCUGUCGUCGUUUGUUUGUUUGUUUGUUUGCGUGGUUGAUCUCAGACAUCGUCGUGCACUGAUCCCAGUCAGAAAGGUAUUUAUUUUCUUAAAGAUCGUUUGUUUUUUCUGACAUCUCGAACUGCGGACGUUUGUUUGUUUGUUUGUUUGUCUGUUUGUUUUGCUCGUUAGCUUCAUUAGCGUCCUGCGCAUCAUUUUUGUCACAGUUACUGUGAGUAAAACUUCAACGUCGUUGAAUCAGAAACGACCGGAGCUGGAGUUCAGAGCGAGACGCUGCAGAGUUUCCGUCACUUCUGAAGGUCAGUGACAGGAGACUCUGGACCACGCGGUGGGUCCCAGAGUCCAGACCGCGGGUCUGCAGCUGGACUUCAGGUCUGGUCGUCACUGGUCGACCGCCGUCUGAAGAUGAUUGUUUUCAACUUUGUCUUUGGUUUUUGUUGUUUACAGAAAAAUGAACUGUAAUCGCAUUAAAGAAAUGUGAACGCGGGCCGAUGGUGGAGUGUUUUUGUACUGAGGCUCCAUGAGCAAUCAGAGUCAGAGCUUCUCUCAGACAGCCAAUCACAGGACACUGAGUGUAGAUGAGACUGACAGCCGCGGGGCGUUUCUGACGCUCCUCACCUGCCAUGCCCACACACACACACACACACACAGA